CGCGCGUCGAUGACGCGUAACGGUUUGCCAUCUCCCUCCUUCCGCUCCAUUGUUUCAGGUCUCGGCGAAGGGAUAGGCACCGCAUGUGAAACUGGAAUAACAGAUGCUGUGGAAUAACACUGACACUGGGUAAAGGUGUGCGCGGGCACCACCCGUCAGCGCAGGGACAGGAUGUGAUGUCACAGCGGUAGCGGCUCCCGGGUCCAGCUUUGUGUUUGCGAGCGGGGGGACCCCCUCCCGCUCCAAGGACGACAGGACAUGUUUGAAGUCAAACCCCGGGCGGUGGAGAAGAAGGAGUCGAGCACGGAGACGGAUGAGGGGCUUGGCAGCAGCGGGAAGCGCUACGGCUCGCUGGGCUCCGGCUCGGCCGACUCCGGCUCCGUCUAUCUGUCGGACAGCCAGGACUGGGCGGUCUCCCCCAGCUGCUCCCCGGAUGAAGGCCCCACACCGCACAGCGCCAUCUCCCCGGUCCUGGCUGAGGAGACCUUCCGCUACAUGACGUAUCUUGCCUUGGAGCCCUCUUCCUAUUCCCACCCCGGCUCUCAGAGCCUCUCCAAAGUCCUUAGUGCGGAUCGCGUGGAGCAGAUGACCAAGACUUACAAUGACAUCGAAGUGGUCUCGCACCUUUUGGCGGAGCGGGACAGAGACUUGGAGCUGGCCGCUCGAAUCGGUCAGUCCCUUCUGCAGAGGAACCACCUGCUGCAGGAACGCAACGAGGCCUUAGAGGAGCAGCUGGCACAGGCCCAGGACCAGGUCCACCAGGUGCAGCAUGAGCUCAGCAAGAAGGACGAGUUGCUGCGCAUGGUGGCCAGCGCCUCGGAGGAGAGCGAGACCGACUCCAGCGCGUCCACGCCGCUGCGGCAGCCCUGGCUGCCGGGGGGUCCCACGGCCGCCAGCGCACUCGGCCAGCUGGAGUGUCUGCAGAGCAAGCUGCAGGAUCUGGAGGAGGAGAACCUGUCACUGAGGUCUGAGGCGUGUCAACUGAAGAGCGACACCGUCACUUACGAGGAGAAGGAGCAGCAGCUCGUGAUCGACUGCGUCAAGGAGCUCCGAGAGUCCAACGGCCAGAUGGUGUCCCUGACGGACGAGCUGUCUCAGAAGAACGAGGAGCUGCUCAGACACCAGGAGGAAAUCUCUCAGCUGCUCUCCCAGAUCGUAGAGCUGCAACACAGAGUGAAGGAGCUGGCUCUGGAGAAAGAGGAGCUGAGGAUCCACCUGCAGGCGUCUAAAGAAGCUCAGCGGCAGCUCACAGCAGAGCUGGACGAGUUGGCGGACAGGAAUGUGGAGUGUGUAGAAAUGCUCCAUGAGUCCCAGGAGGAGAUCAAGGAGCUCCGCAGUAGAAACACUCCCUCUGCUGGCAUGAGAAGGCACCUCUCCUACGGCCUCUACCCCAUGGACUCCCUGGCAGCAGAGAUUGAGGGCACCAUGAGGAAAGAACUGAGUGUAGAGGAGGAGAUUGCCACUCAGGACCAAAGAGUGUCCCAGAAGCGAGUCUUCCAAACAGUCCGCUCCAUCAACGCCUCGGUGUCCCGGCCCGCUUCGGCCACGCCUCCCAUCCCCGGCUCAGGACAGAGCUCUCUGGUGAUGACCGCACAGCCAUUUACGUCCAAUCAGGGGGAGGAGGUGCGAAUGGGCCAGCCCGGCUGUCCAGGAGGAAACGACCUGACCAGGGCCCUCCACCGGCUGUCGCUGCGACGACAGAACUUCCUCUGCGAGCGCCAGUUCUUCCAGGCGGAGCGCGAGAAGAAGCUGCAGUCCCUGGCGGGCCCGGAAGGCGACGGGGAGGGCAGCGGCUGCAGCUCACCGACGGGCAGCGUGAUGUCCUCGUUCUCCAACCUGUCGGAGCUCUCCUUCAGCUCCAGCAUCUUCAGGACCUUCCUGCCUGAGAAGCUUCAGAUCGUCAAGCCCAUGGAAGGCUCACUGACACUGCAUCACUGGCAGCAGCUGGCCAAACCACACCUGGGUACCAUCCUGGACCCCCACCCCGGGGUGGUGACCAAAGGCUUCUGUCCACUGGCUCAGGACGCCGUCUACCGCCUCUCUGACAUGGAAGAGGAUGCGGAGGACGAGGAGCACAGCGGUGUCCUGGAGAAGGGGGCGGCGGAGCGGGGUAAGGAGGACGAUGGUGACGAAGAGGAGGAAGGCGGGAUCACCUUCAAGGUGCACUUUACAUCCACACCGGAGGAGAGGAGGGAUAGAAAGCACUUGGUGCUGCCUCUACCUGUGCCGCCCCUCUCCCCCAACCUGCCUGCUUCACCCGGGACACCUGCCGCUUACUCCUCAGUCAGAGCAGACCUCUGUCUGACCCCCGCACCCCGACACGUUACCGAGAAAUCCCCUCAGCCCAUUCCAGGAGCCUGCACAACCGUGGUCCAAUCACAAAGUCAGGUUUUCAUCUCCACGUCAACAUCUUCUUCUGUCCAAAAUCCAGGGAAGUGUCAGAGCUCCACCUUCUCCACCUACACCUUCACGACCUGUAGCAUCCUCCACCCUAGUGACAUCACACAGGUCACCUCGAGUUCUCAGUCGUCCCUCAUGUCCAACACACCCAGCUCCAUGAGGACCGGUCCCAGCACCCCCGUGACUCCAUGCAGACUGAGUCUGGGUGACUCCUUUCCCCCUCGACGCCCCUCUGUGUCCACCAGCGGCCUGGCCAAGCUGGUCCUGGAGAGGGGCAUCUCCGCACAAGUCUCCACUGAAGCCCCUCCUCCGUCCCCAAAGACCACACCCCGGCAGCCACUAUUCCGCCUCCUCCCCGGCACACCCCCUAACUCCCCCACCCUCUCCCGGGCCCCCUCCCUGGUGCCCCCGGAGGCCCGCAAGCAAAUGGCCGACAACUUCCUCGCCUCGCGGCCCGCAGAGCUCUUCCUCCAGGACGUUUACGGGUUGAACCUGGGCCGCGCCACACACCCCGACCUACCAAGUCCCUCCCAAGAAACUCCGGCCUAUGUCCCGUCCCCCAAGUCAGGGCGCGCCAAGCAUGACCUCGGCCUGGUGGAGAGGCUGCGGCGACUGGGGUUCACCAAGGUGCUCCAGAGCGCCGAGUCUGAGCCGCGCCAGGAGUCUGCCACCUUCGUGUCGGCAGGCGGGGGGAGCCUCCUGGACGGCCUGAGGCGCAACCAGAGCCUCCCGGCCAUGAUUGGUGCCCGAGCAGGGAGGUCAGCCAGCAACCCGACACCUCCCCCUCACCCCACCUCCCUGGCCCUCCCGCCACCACCCUGGGGAAACCCAACAGAGCGGCGACGGCAUCUCGCCUCCGUCCCCCACGCCCCGCCAAGUUCAACAAAGCGCUGAGGGGGACGGGGCGGCUGGACCACGAGAGGGUAGACACUCCAACCUCUCUUUUACACCUCCCUCCCUUCUGAAGAGGAUCCGGGGCAUCCGGCGGGCAGAACAACCCCCUCCUUUUUACGACCUCCUUUUUAAAGCACAAUUCAACGAAGAAUGGAACAUUUCGCCAUGACGACGCUCGCCAUGCGGCUAGUAACAGAGGCCUUAGCUCGCCUCCGGAGUGGGUUCCCCGGCAGUUCAGUAGUUGUUCUGCAAGGCUCUGGAUGCUCAGGUGCAGGCAUAGGAGGGGGAGGUAAACGGGUAACGAGUACGUGGACGAAGGUUUGUGGAUGUGGAUUAGUGGAGAUCGAGUUAUGGUAAAGGAAUACGAAGUGAAAAAGUAAGUAAGAGAGAGAGAGAGUGAGAGAGCGGCUGAGCAUCCGGGCUAUUCCAAGGGCUUCUUCUGGAGUGGGUCAGAAGAGCUUCAGUCUGUAAUGAAAUAGUAUCACAACCAUAACCAUUAUACAGCUUUAAGGUCAUCUACAAGUAAAGCAUGCACCCGUCGACAGACUGGCGGGGGCCUGAAGGGGCAAGCAAGACCGGGUCUGCCUUUUCCUUUCGGGUCCUUGUGUUUAGUGUGUUUUUUUUAAAUUUUUCUUCUUUUUUUAAAAAUGGUCAGAGGCCUUAAGUAGAGCCAGCACUGUUGUGGUUUAUGUUGCCGUGAGGCCAUGUUUGUAUAUAUCAGUUGCACUCGAGUGGGAUUUGGAGGUUCUGUUCAUUUUGAGGAUCACUGCUCGGUUUAAAACAUUUCACCGUGGGUUGUUUUUUUUAAUGAGAGAGAAUUUGAUUUUCGGCCUGUGAGACAUUCGGGUUUAGUCUGUUAAAAGGAGGAAAGAUGUUAACACUUUAUUUAGUUGUAUAUCACAUUGUUUAUAUGGUUCACACACUGGCCAGCAGGUGGGAGUAUUCCUGCAGUGCAUAAAGAAAGUUCAUCCAAAUUACUUGUUUAUAUUCUGUAAUAUGUUUUUAGAUGCCAUCAUCAACCAGACCUCCCACUCCGCUAUCGCACUUUGACUUUUUUUUUGUAUUUAAUCUUUGGUUUUAGUGACACCACUAUUUCUAACAUAUAAUAAUAAUAAUAACCACAUAAUGAGAAUACUGGGACGAUAAUAUUUUUGACAUUUGUGGCUUUUUAAUUUUUAUUUUGCUUUCCCGCAGAAGGGCAAACCAAAUUAAGCCAAAAGUGUUUUUCAAGUAAUGAAAUACUGUGUUUGAUUUUUUUUUUUUUUUUUUUU